AUGAGCAAUGGAGGUGCAGAGAGUACACCGGGAAGAUCAAAAGCUGACGACUUUGGCUACGCAGUGGCAAGAAAGGCUGUUGCUCAGGUUUGUGAAAAGGUUGGCUUUGAGGGGUUGAAAGAGUCGGCCUUGGAUGCUCUAACUGACGUAACCCUCCGGUACCUCCGUGACCUGGGCAAGACGGCAAGCUCCAACGCCAAUAUAUGUGGCAGAACGCAAUGUAGCAUCUUCGAUGUUGUUCGAGGUUUUGAAGAUAUUGGCUCCUAUCAAGGAUUUCCAGGUGCUUAUAAUUCCGGUAGUUGUCUUGUUAGUUCUGGCACUAUUAGAAAUAUAAUUGAUUUUGUGGAGUCUGAGGAAGAGAUCCCGUUUGCACAACCAGUACCACAGUUCCCCAUUGUUAGAGAGAGCAAGUUAAUUCCUAGUUUUGAGAAAAUGAACGAAACACCUCCGGGGAAUCAUAUUCCGGCUUGGUUACCGGCAUUGCCAGAUCAGCACACAUAUAUGCAUACACCAAUGUGGGAUGAGAGGGUUUCAGAUCCUCGGGCAGAGAAGAUUGAGCAAGCUCGCCAAAGGAGAAAGGCAGAGCGGGCUUUGUUGAGUCUGCAGCAGAGGCUGGCCAGUAAUCGCUCAGCAGGUGCUUCGUCAUCUGGUGUGCUGGCUAGUGAUUAUGUCAAGGAAACGGGUGUAACUGAUGGAAACCCUUUCCUCAGGCAACUUUUGAAGCCUGGGGAGAAGGGUACUUCUUCGGUUCCUGUGCCAAAUAAUAUGGAGAAGCAUGUCUCUGUGAUGGAGCCGUUUGCCCCAGCUAUUGAGGCAGCUAAAGAAGUAGGGGUUAAUGAGGAUGGUGAUGGUGAUGGUGAAGGGGGAAGGACUUUGCUCCCAGAGAAGAGGCAUACUGUGAAGUUUAGGUUUAAAACUAGGGAGAGAAUGUUAGUUGAACCGUUAGAUGUGCAUCUUACAAAGAAGGUGGAAUGGAGAUCGGAGCAGUCAUUAGGCCGGGAGGACGAGAGGGAUGACAAGAAGAGGAGGGCAGAGUAUAUAUACAGACAGUCUAUGGAGUACCCACCAGAACUCACUCAGUUGUAA